AAAAGCACGGUGUAUGUGAGUAGUCAGCUUCAAGUUGACAGUAAACAGUUCUUCACAGUAAACGACAAUGCAGAUGUUCACUCUCGUCUUAGUUGUACUCGUUGCAUCACUGGGAUUCGAAAUGGGAGUUAUUGCAGGUCCAGUUCCAGAACCAGCAGCGGCAGCGGCAGCAGCAAACAGUGGUUGUCCUGGCUGUCCUGGUGGAUGCCCUAAAUGCCGUGGAGGGUGUUGUGGAUGCCGUGGAUGCCGAGGUGGAAAUUGUCCAGGAGGCUGCUGUAAAGGCUGCCGAAGACAUUAAACAUUAACGCAGCAGACAUCAAUUGACUAAUUAAACAGAACACGUCAUUAUUCAAACAAGCUUUCCUGCGUGAAGAAAAUCCUGUCAUCAUUGAUCUGAAGACGGUGGACAAUGUGUACUUUUAGAUAGAUAUCCUCUGUACAACUUACUAAUAAUAAAUACACUUGCAUUAUCCAAAUCA